AUGUCGGGAUUCAGAAACAGCGGAGGUUCCAACAAAUACCAGGAGUUCGACCCGGAAUCGGGCGAUCUCAACAGAAAAAGAUCCCUUGUGCGCCCAGAAAGACAGCGUAUUGAUCAGAGUCAUCCAAUGUAUCAUUAUGCUCAAGUGGUCAACCAAGAGUCCGACCAUUUGAAGGUGCAGCCUUCUCUGACGGGAUUAGAACCCACCAAUUCUACCUCAGCGUCGCGUAAGAGCUUCCAACUGGGUGUUCAGAAUAUAUCUGAGGAUGACGAAGAGGGUAUCCCACUUAUGAAUAUUGAGAGUCCACAGAAGGCUGGCCGUGAGGUUUAUGGCUUGAACGAUGAGGUCCAUGACGUCCCAACUCAAAAUGUGACCCGCAACGUCCACAGAAAGCCAGUGCAUGCCAAACCAGAGAACAACGAUAACGACAUCUACUUCUGGAAGGUUUACUGUUACGUGAUUACUUUCUGGGCUCCAGGCCCGCUCUUGAAGUUGUUCGGUCUCAAGACCAAGAGUCGUCAGUUUGCGUGGAGAGAGAAGAUUGGUUUGAUCACAUGUAUCUUGUACAUUGGAGCUUUCGUUGCUUACAUCACAUUUGGUUUUACCAAGACUGUCUGUGAUCCAGGUAGAAUCAAAAUGAGAACAAACACCAUCAAUGGCGGUUAUUUAAUCAUUAAUGGCCGUGCCUACGACUUGACAUCUUCGCAACAUCCAGGUGCUGCAGGUAUUUCUCCAGGAACCAAUAUUUUGUAUCCGCCAAUCAACGCUGGAGGAAUGGAUGGUUCCUUCUUGUUCCAAAAUGUUAAUGGUCACUGUCAAGAUCUUAUCGUCCCCAGAGAAAACUGUUCGAUUCCGACCAAUGGAAAUGAGUUGGCCUGGUAUAUGCCUUGCCGGUUAUUUAACCAGGAUGGUUCUUCCAGUGUUAACAAGACCUCUGUUUACUACGAUGGAUGGGCAUGUCACACCAGUUCUUCUGCCAGAGAUGCUUACUACGGCUUGGAGGUGAAUGGUGACGUUUAUUUCACUUGGGAUGACAUCAAGAACAGCUCAAGAAAUUUGGUGGUGUACUCUGGAGUAGUUUUGGAUCUCGAUUUGAUCAACUGGAUCCUGACCGAUGAUGUUACAUACCCACAAUUAUUCAAUGACUUAAGAGAUGAUGACACCUUCAAGGGCCACGACAUCUCAUUGAUUUUGUCCAACAGCGAGGAGCGCAGAGCUGCCAAGUGUUUGACUGAAAUUAUCAAGGUGGGAGUGGUGGACUCUGACUCCAUUGGAUGUAUUGCCUCCAAGAUCGUCUUGGUUGUGUCUUUGGUAUUCAUUUUGUCGGUUGUGAUUUUGAAAUUUCUUAUUGCUUGUUAUUUCAGAUGGUAUGUUUCCAGAAAGCAAGGCGCAACAGAAAUUGAUAACAAGUCCAUGGCUGCUCGUGAGAGAGAAAUCGAAGAUUGGGUUGAGACUCCAGCUGCUAGUGGUCCUAUCAGUACUGUUCCUGUAAAGGCUAGAGCAAACUACAAGACCCAGAAAACAAACAGACAAAGUGUGUUUUUCAAGUCGGGCAACGGUCUGACGUUGAUUCCAAACUCGGACUUGAACAAUUAUUACGCAGGUGGAAACGAGAAGCUUUCCAAGGCGUUCAAGUACACCACCAUGACGACACAGGCUGCUACAUUAGGAAAAUCGAAGAGAAAUCUCCGUGCUACAAACACGCGUUCUAUGCUUUUCAAUCAGUCUAGAAAUCUGUCGGUGGACUUGUUGAGUAGACCUCAAUCUGUAUUUAAUCCCUUCGAUGGAAGUGAAGAGUUCAAUGUGAACGGUUUGAGUCCAGACCUUAUCCACCCAGAUGUUGUUCCUCAACCACCUGUGGAGUACCAGCCGUUCGGCUACCCAUUAGCGCACAUGAUAACGUUGGUCACCUGUUAUUCUGAAGAUGAGGAAGGUUUGCGUUUGACGUUAGACUCCAUUGCUACUACUGACUAUCCAAAUUCGCACAAAUUGGUUAUCAUUGUUUGUGAUGGUUUGAUUAAGGGUUCCGGAAAUGACAGAACUACCCCAGAGAUUGCGUUGGACUUGAUGACCGACUUUUGUGUUCCUCCUGAAGAUGUCCAGGCUCACUCAUACGUUGCCGUUGCACAAGGUAGUAAACGUCAUAAUAUGGCAAAGGUGUACGCCGGUUUCUACAAGUACAAUGACGAAACUGUUCCCCCAGAAAAGCAACAGAGAGUUCCGGUAUUGACCGUGGUGAAAUGUGGAACUCCUGAGGAAGCAGGUGGAGCGAAGCCAGGUAACAGAGGUAAACGUGAUUCGCAGAUCAUUUUGAUGUCUUUCUUCCAGAAGGUUACUUUCGAUGAGAGAAUGACUGAGUUAGAAUACGCGCUUUUAGAAUCCAUUUGGCGAGUCACUGGUUUAAUGAGUGAAUUUUAUGAAAUUAUAUUGAUGGUGGAUGCCGAUACAAAGGUUUACCCUGACUGUUUGACCCAUAUGUGUGCUGAGAUGAUUAAAGACCCUACUAUCAUGGGAUUAUGUGGAGAAACCAAGAUUACCAACAAAUCGCAAUCAUGGGUUACAGCUAUCCAAGUUUUCGAGUACUAUAUCUCUCAUCAUCAAGCCAAGGCUUUCGAGUCUGUAUUUGGAAGUGUGACGUGCUUACCUGGUUGUUUCUGCAUGUACCGUAUCAAAGCCCCUAAGGGUGAUAACGGGUACUGGGUGCCGAUCCUUGCUAAUCCAGAUAUUGUUGAGAGAUACUCGGACAAUGUAACUAAUACUUUGCACAAGAAGAAUUUGUUGUUGCUAGGAGAAGACAGAUACCUUACCGCUUUGAUGUUAAGAACUUUCCCUAAGAGAAAGCAAAUCUUUGUUCCAAAGGCCGCAUGUACCACACUUGUUCCUGAUACCUUCAAGGUGUUGUUGUCCCAGCGUCGUCGUUGGAUUAACUCUACUGUGCAUAACUUGAUGGAGUUAGUUUUGGUAAGGGAUUUGUGUGGAACAUUCUGUUUCUCGAUGCAGUUUGUGAUUUUCAUUGAGUUGGUUGGUACCGUGGUGUUGCCAGCAGCCAUCACAUUCACCAUAUACGUGGUUGUUUAUGCUAUCGUGUCCCGGCCAACGCCUGUGAUGUCAUUGGUUCUUUUGGGUGUCAUCUUUGGAUUGCCAGGAUUGUUGAUUGUCAUUACUGUUUCUUCUUUGAAGUACCUUAUCUAUUUCUUCAUCUACAUUUUGGCAUUGCCUAUUUGGAACUUUGUCUUGCCUUGCUAUGCAUUCUGGAAGUUCGACGACUUUAGUUGGGGUGAAACUAGAACAGUUGCAGGCGGAGACAAGGGCGCCCACGGCGAUAAAGAGGGAAUUUUCGACUCAUCGAGUAUCGUGAUGAAGAGAUGGAGAGAGUGGGAGAGAGACAGAAGAGCAUACGUCACAGGUGGAUUGACAGUGCCAGGAGCUGCUUGGGAUCCUGCCAGUGCAGAAAAAGACAUGGGAUACUCGGGAGGAUCGCUGGGAUCACUGCCAUAG